UUUUGCUUGUGUUUCACCAGGAGAAAAUCAGCUUCCUGUUUGGAUACCCACUAGACAUUUGAAGUUCUACAAUGAACCCAUCAGAGAUGCAAAGAAAAGUGCCUCCGUGGAGAUGGAAAACCCGCAAUCGAGCAUCAUUGACUCGCCAGGUGAACAAAAUGGUGAUAUCAGAAGAACAGAUGAAGUUGCCAUCCACCAAGAAAGUGGAGCUGCUGACCUGGGCCCAGCUAAAGAAGCUGACACAGUUAGCUGAAAAAAGCCUGAAGAAUACAAGGUUAACACAAACUCCAGAGAAUAUGCUGCUUGCAGCUUUAAUGAUUGUACCAAGGGUGGUAAGUCUCCCUAUGUCUGCAGGAGUAGCUGCAGCUAAUUAUACUUACUGGGCCUAUGUGCCUUUCCCGCCCUUACUUCGGGCAGUCACUUGGAUAGAUAAUCCUAUUCAAGUAUAUGUUAAUAAUAGUGCAUGGGUACCAGGCCCCACAGAUGACCGUGGCCCUGCCCAACCUGAAGAAGAAGGAAUGAGGAUAAACAUUUCCAUUGGGUAUCAUUAUCCUCCUAUUUGCCUGGGGAAAGCACCAGGAUGCUUAAUACCUACAACCCAAAAUUGGUUGGUAGAAGUACCUACUGUCAGUGCCAUCAGUAGAUUUACUUACCACAUGGUAAGGGGAAAGUCACUCAGGCCACAGAUAAAUAAUUUACAGGAUUUUUCUUAUCAAAGAUCAUUACAAUCUAGGCCUAAGGGGAAGCCUUGCCCCAAGGAAAUUCCCAAAGAAUCAAAAAGCCCAGAAGUCCUAAUUUGGGAAGAACGUGUGGCUGAUACUGCAGUGGUACUACAAAACAAAGAAUUUGGAACUAUUAUAAACUGGGCUCCUUGAGGCCAAUUAUUUCAUAAUUGUGUGGGCCAGACUCAACCAUUAAAACCCCUUUAUAUGCUAGUUGUAGGAAACAUAGUUAUUAAACCAGAUUCCCAAACUAUAACCUGUGAAAAUUGUAGAUUGUUUACUUGCAUUGAUUCAACUUUGGAUUGGCAACACCGUAUUCUGCUAGUGAGGGCAAGAGAGGGUGUGGGGAUCCCUGUGUCCAUGGACCAACAGUGGGAGGCUUCCCCAUCCAUCCAUAUUUUAACAGAAGUACUAAAAGGAGUUCUAACUAGAUCCAAAAGAUUCAUUUUUAUUUUGAUUGCAGUGAUUAUGGGUCUUAUCACAGCUACUGCUGCAGCUGCUGGAAUUGCUUUACACUCCUCUGUUCAAACUGCAAAAUAUGUGAAUAAUUGGCAAAAGAAUUCCUCAAAAUUGUGGAAUCCUCAUACCCAAAUAGAUCAAAAAUUGGCAAACCAAAUUAAUGAUCUUAGACAAACUGUAAUUUGGAUGGGAGAUAGGCUCAUGAGCUUGGAAUAUCUUUUUCAGUUACAGUGUGACUGGAAUACAUCAGAUUUUUGUAUUACACCUCGAGCUUAUAAUGAAUCUGAACAUCACUGCGACAUGGUGAGAUGCCAGCUACAAGGAAGAGAAGAUAAUCUUACUUUAGAUAUUUCAAAAUUAAAAGAACAAAUUUUUGAGGCAUCAAAAGCCCAGUUAAAUCUGGUACCAGAAACUGAGGCAAUCAUGAAAGCUGUUGACAGCCUCACAAAUCUUAACCCUGCCACUUGGGUUGAAAACAUUGGAAGUUCCACUAUUGCAAUUUUUGUAUUAAUCCUUGUAUGUCCGUUCUCUCUGUUGUUAGUCUACAGGUGUAUCCAGCAGCUAUGGAGAGACAGUGACCAGUGA